GCACUAUGUUGUUACGACUGGUGUCUGACAUUCGAUCGUGAGGUCAACUUGAUAUGGAAGAGUAAACUGUCGCCUAUCACAGUCCUCUUCUAUUUUUUGCGUUACCCCGCGGUCUUGAACACCGCCGUCGAGCUGCUCAGCCGCGCCUCGUGGCGCUGGCAAUCCAACUCACUGUUCUUUGCAUCCCUCCGCAUAUAUGCCAUCUUCGACCGCAACGCAUGGAUAGCUGCCGCCGUCCUCCUCCUCGGCCUGGCCAACCCGGUCAUCAUCACCGUACGUCCUCCGUCGCCCGAGGGCACUCCUGGCUAA